AUGACGACGAACGGCACCCGUGUGAACGCCUUCAACCUCGAGACCUGCGCCAGGCCGAAUAUCCUCGCGCUUGAGCCCUACCGCUGCGCCCGCGAUGACUACAAAGAUGAUGGCACCAACAUCCUGCUCGACGCGAAUGAGAACGCCUACGGCCCCGGUCUAGCUCUUGAGGGAAACGGAAAGCUCAGGAAUGGCGUCUAUGGCAUGGAAGACAACAUCGAAGUCGACUUCCUCGGUCUGAACAGAUAUCCCGACCCGCACCAGAUUCCGUUGAAGCAGCGCCUUUGCGACCUGCGCAACACGAACCAUCACACGCAAACCCAACUGCGCCCUGACAACCUGUUCGUUGGUGUUGGGUCAGAUGAAGCUAUCGACGCUUUGCUGCGCGCAUUUUGCGUGCCUGGAAAGGACAAGAUCCUGACAUGUCCUCCGACUUACGGCAUGUACAGUGUGUCUGCGCAGACCAAUGACGUGGGAAUUGUCAAAGUGCCCCUUAUCGCCUCGCAAAACUUCGCUCUCGACGCACCGGCCAUAAACGAGGUUCUCAGCGGGCCUGAGGGUGCCAACAUCAAGCUGGUCUAUAUCUGCUCGCCCGGAAACCCGACCGGCGCGCUGGUUUCCAAGUCCGCCAUUGAGCAGAUCCUGACGCACCCGACCUGGAAUGGCAUUGUCGUGGUCGACGAAGCCUACGUCGAUUUCGCCGCCGAAGGCUCCAGCCUGGCUCAAUGGACGACUGAGUGGCCUAAUCUCGUCGUGAUGCAGACGCUCUCCAAGGCUUUCGGUCUGGCGGGCAUUCGCCUCGGCACUGCCUUCACGUCGGCCCCAAUUGCUCGCAUCCUCAACAGCCUGAAGGCGCCAUACAACAUCUCGAAUCCCACGUCCCAGGUUGCGAUUCAGGCGCUGAAGUCCCGCCAUUUAGGCGUGAUGCACAAGCACAGGGAUGCUCUCCUCCACCAACGUGAAAGGCUGCUGCAAGAGAUACCCAAGGUGCCGGGCGUCGGACGCUUCUUGGGCGGUCAGGAUGCCAACUUCCUACUGGUAGAGUUCCUAAGCGCACCAAAGGAGGAGGGCGGCAAGCCGGACAACGAGGUUGCGCUCAAGGUUUACGAGGCGCUCGCCGAGGAGAAGGGCGUCGUCGUGCGAUUCAGAGGCAAAGAGCUGGGCUGCACCGGCUGCCUGCGGAUCACCGUCGGCACUGAGAACGAGUGCUCUCGCUUCCUUGACAGCUUGCACCAGGUGCUGAGCAGUGUCUACAGUGGCAAGAAGACUGUCAGCGGUGUGAACGAAGCAGAGAGGGAGCAGGCAGCGAGCAACGUGAUUGGAUGA